AGUUUGGGAAGGUGUUCAGCUUUGUGCAUCGGAGCAUCCAGGAGUUUCUUGCAGCUCUGUAUGUAUUCCUCUGCUUCAGCAAAAGACAGAGAAACAUGCCUGACAAACAUCAAACCUCUCAGCUCUCUGCUCUGUUCACAGCUGCAACACUUCAUGACUUACAUAAGACUGCAGUGGACCAGGCUUUACAGUGUGAGAAUGGACACCUGGACCUUUUCGUCCGCUUCCUUCUGGGCCUCUCACUGGAGUCCAAUCAGAAUCUCUUAAAGGACCUACUGCCACAGAACAGAAACCAAUUGUAUACAUGUAGCUCAGAGCAAACAGUCCAGUAUGUCAAACAGAAGAUCAGAGAUCAGAGUAGCUCAGACAGAAGGAUCAACCUGUUCUACUGUCUGAAUGAGCUGAAUCACCAUGCUGUAGUGGAGGAGAAAAGCAGCUCAGAUACUCUGCAUGUAGACAUGCUCUUACCAGGAGAGUGGGCAACUAAGACAUUUGAGUUUAAGAUGUCAGAAGAGCAGCUGGCUGAGUUUGACCUGCAGAAGUACAUGAAGACACCAGAGGAAGAUCAGACUGAACUCCUCAGUCCAGAUGAAGUUCUUCAGAAGCUGCUGCCAGCAGUCACAACAUCCACAUCUGCUAAGCUGAGUAUCUGUGAUCUGACCGAUAAGAGCUGUUCCUAUCUGGCCUCUGCACUGAAGACAUCACACUCAUCAAAUCUCAGAGUGCUGCAACUGGGUGGCAAUAAGCUGCUGGACUCAGGAGUGGAACUUUUAUGUUCUGCUCUUUGUCAUCAAAACGGCAAACUGGAGAAACUAGUGCUGCAUAGCUGUAAUCUGACCGAUAAGAGCUGUUCCUAUCUGGCCUCUGCACUGAAGACAUCACACUCAUCAAAUCUCAGAGUGCUCGACUUGAGGGACAAUAAUCUGCUGGACUCAGGAGUGGAACUUUUAUGUUCUGCUCUUUGUCAUCACAACUGCAAACUGGAGGAACUACAGCUGGAUAGCUGUGGUCUGACCGCUAAGAGCUGUUCCUAUCUGGCCUCUGCACUUAAGUCUCCCUCCUCUAAUCUCACACAGCUGAUCCUGAGGGCCAAUGACCAGAUUAGUGCAUCAGCUGUAGAGCCGCUCUGUGCUCUAGUGAAGGACCCACACUGUAAACUGGAGAAACUAGUGUGGGGUAAAUGGCAUUCGUCAAAUACAGUGACAUCAUAGUAUUCAGCCACAGCCCUGAGCUGAUGAGGUCUGUGGUGCAACAGCUCAUGACAUGAGGGUAGGAUUCACACACACACACA